UGUUUCCGGUUCUUUGUUUGACGUUGUAUCCGGGCAUGUUUAAGCUAAUGUUGUUCAAAAUAUAAAUUUAUAAAUGAAUUGCUAGGGGCUUUAAGAUUGUUUGACAUGUUUGAGUCAUUUGGUCGAUGCAGGAAAGAGUAACGUGCAUUGUUGUAGCGACUUUAUUCUACAAGUCUUUUCUAUUCAGCCAGCUAUUUCGUUAUUUAAGGCAGGGGCAGUUCAUUGUUAGCCUAGCUUUAGCCAUGCUCUCAAACUCCGCUUUCACUUGUCUUCUGGGUUGCGGCUUGCUUGCGACAGGGACCACGGCUUCUAGCUAGCUUGGUAGCUAGCUAGCUAGGAAUAAUUUUCCAGUAUUAGUGUAUUGUGUCCUCUAAUUUGUGCUUUAGCGUUUCUUGGACUUUUUUUUCUGUCACAUUCCCUGUAACAGCAGCGGUUUUGUUUUAGCCUAACACGUAAAUUCGCUGUUAGCUUAAUUAGCGACUCAGCCAACUGGCUAACUUUGAGGAAACGUCUUUUUUGAUGACAUUUAAUUUGCGUUGCUUUGACCCCGGCAGUACACGUUAACCCCAUUAGCAGAAGACGCCUGUCACCGUCUUCUAACAUUUUUCACCACUCAGUGAAGAACCGGAGCUUUCGUUUGUACAGUUUGUGAUUAUACAUGCCUGCCACGAUGGCUUCUUCCUCUGGAAACGAUGACGACCUCACCAUCCCUAGAGCAGCUAUCAACAAGAUGAUUAAAGAAACUCUCCCUAACGUACGAGUGGCUAACGACGCCAGGGAGCUUGUGGUUAACUGCUGCACGGAAUUCAUACACCUCAUAUCCUCAGAAGCCAAUGAAAUAUGCAACAAGUCCGACAAGAAGACCAUAUCUCCUGAGCAUGUUAUCAAUGCCCUUGAGAGCCUCGGUUUCGCGUCUUACAUCACGGAGGUGAAAGACGUGCUGCAAGAGUGUAAAACAGUAGCCUUAAAGAGGAGGAAGGCGAGCUCUCGAUUGGAGAACCUGGGUAUCCCAGAGGAGGAGCUCCUCAGACAGCAACAGGAAUUAUUUGCUAAGGCACGGCAGCAGCAGGCAGAGCUCGCCCAGCAGGAGUGGCUACAGAUGCAGCAGGCCGCCCAACAGGCACAGAUGGCGGCAGCAUCUGCCAGCGCUGCCCAGCAGGCCGGUUCCUCUCAGGACGAAGAUGAAGAGGAUGACAUGUGAUCCCAGGACGUCAUUCAACUUGUCUGAAUCCCUUCCUGGGACAGCGUCGGUGCACAAAUGUCCCAGUGCUGUCAUCGACAGAGACAUGGGAUGUGUUUGACCGCUGGAAUACAUCAGUGUAACAUGGAAAAUGCACAUUGGAAUGGACAGUGAAGAGAAAGCUGAACAGGGAUUUCAAGAUAGCCACACAUUCAGAUACCAGUACCUGAAAAUGAUUUGGAUUGAGAGGCUGUUGAUAAAGUUUUUGAUAAAUCUCUUCUUCUCCCCCUUUUUUCCAGUUGCCUCUGUUUAAUUAUGUCUUGACAUUAUGUUGUGAGUAAUUUGUAGAUUUCUGAAUGUGUUGUGGACACUGAAGGCAGACAUUGCCUACGAAAUGUCAGUAAAUUUUGGUAGUAACGCAGAAAGUGUUCGCUCCUUCAGGUAAUGCGCCAGAUAGCUUACUUACGUUGUCCGUUGUACUAGAUCACUUCCUGUGAUUUAGGAGAUCUGCUAGAAUAUUUUCACAGCAGUUAAUUUCUCUUUUAUUUCUUUUUUUUGUGGUUUGGUCAUUUUUCCAGAGAUUUGUUCACCAGAGGAUCAUUUUAGGGGUUGUGACUAUUAGAUUUUUUUUUUGUUAAGUAGACAACUCAAUGGACUUUUUGUUUAAUCUUAAUACAUUCAGAUACUUCAUAUUUCAUUUUCUUUAUACCUUGAGCCACCCACAGUAUUGCUAAUUAGCCACACCUUUUGGAAAUGGAACAUUUUUGUCUCAUAGAACCAAAGAUGGAAGACAGACUAACAGCCCAGAGAUGGUGAUUAUUAUUAUUAUUAUUAUUAUUUUUUUUAAAGGUGUAGGUGCUACUGUGAUUCUUAUAGCUGACUCCAGGUCAGUGCAGUGUACACAAUGUUAAGGAUUAUUACCCUGUGACUUUGUAAGAUGCUUUGAUAUCCAGGCUAAAUUUGUUAUUUCCCUUAUCCUUGGGUGCAGUAUCAAACAUUUGCAUUGUGACUGUGGUCAGUCUUCAGUGUAAAGACAAGUAACAUAGUUGUGACACACAUUCACUUGCCUAUGCUACAAAGUUGUAUUCUUUAAGCAAUAAAGGACUCAUGUUUUAUAGAUCA